AUGUAUUUCUUUCUCGCAAACAUCUCUGUGAUUGAUAUUUUCUAUACAACAAACAUUGUCCCUCAAAUGCUUUUAACAUUUCUCAUUGAAAUUUAUACAAUCUCUUACACUGGAUGCAUUUCUCAGUUCUUUCUUCAUAUCUGCUUUGGAUCGGGAGAAUGCCUUACUUUAGCCAUCAUGGCAUUUGACCGUUAUGUUGCAAUUUGCAAUCCUUUACAUUACCUAAAUAUCAUGAAUAAUAUAGCAUGUAUUUCCUUAAUAGGAGGAAUAUGGGUUUUGUCUCUUAUAGCCAACCUACCACCCCUGGUGUUUCUUUGUCAAAUGCAUUUCUGUGGCGCCAAUACAGUCAACCAUUUUUUCUGUGAUGCUCCACCACUGUUAAAGCUUUCCUGCACAAGCACACAACUGGUAGAACGAAUCAAUUUUGUUGUUGCUGCUAGUAUGAUCAUGAGCUCUUUAACUAUGAUCAUCUUAUCUUAUUCUAUGAUAAUCAGAAGUGUUAUCGCAAUUCCAACUACAAAAGGGAAAAAGAAGGCUUUUUCUACUUGUGCUUCUCAUCUCACAGUUGUGGGAAUUUUCUUUGGCAGUUUGAUAGUCAUGUAUGGGAGACCAAAUUAUAAUAAUUCAUCAGAUUAUAACAAAGUUGUGUCCGGCUGCUAUACAAUGGUUACGCCCAUGUUCAAUCCUCUUAUAUAUUCUUUUAGGAACAGAGACAUGAAAAACGCUAUAAAGCAUAAUUUAAUGUGUAAAGCUGGAUAA